AUGUCAAAUCCGUACGAGGCGAAUUGCAUCACGCGACUAUCGGCGUUGAUUUUCUGGGCCUCGCUGUGCGCCACGACGCUUGCUAAGAAGGAUCGGUGCUCUACUACGAUUCCCUUGGGUUUGCCUGUAGACCCAGAAGUGUAUGCGAUGUAUGCUGCGUUCUCCGGGAUGGAUGGACCGGCGACAAUGAAGUCCGUCGAACAAAGGGAAGAGAUCUUGCUGUCUGUAACGACCAAGAUGUCGGCCAGACGCGCUUCAGGAUAG